AUUGUAUAUUUUUUGAGGAAAAUUUUUAGUUUUUCAAUCAAUUUUCCUAAAUAAUAUAGAGCAGCCUCUAGCUUAUAUGAAUAUUUUAUUUAAGGAUAAACUUAAGUAAUUUUUUUAAUAAUAAAAUGUGCUGUAAAGGAGAAUGGAAAAGUUCCCAUUGAAACAAACCAAAGGGCCCCCAGUGUCUCCUUCUUAUCAGGCAGUUAACAAAAAGUAUACUAACGGUCAUCCUUUGGAGAACAGCCAAAGCAGCUCGCGCACUCGUGGUUUUACCGAUGACGAAAUGAUCGACAUCAAUACAAAUAGUGGUGAUCACCGGCAUACCAGAUUAGAAGAUGAGGAUGGAAUUUCGCAUUAUUCUGUAUCCUAUGGAGGUACAUCAGACACCGGAGCCGAUAUCCCAGGCAUCGGCCAGUACGACGAUUUCCACACCAUCGACUGGCAACGCGACAUCGCCAGAGACCGCAUGCGCCACCGACACAUAGUCAAAAAAAAGCAAGACUCCUUUUGGAAUCUCAUAGAGGGAGCUCACGAUGCUUGGUCAGGCUGGCUAUGUGUUCUACUAGUAGGCCUUUGCACUGGAACCGUAGCAGGAGUAAUAGACAUCGGCGCCAGCUGGAUGACCGAUCUUAAAUUCGGCAUUUGCCCUCAAGCUUUUUGGCUGAACCGUGAACAGUGUUGCUGGUCAAAUGAGACAAGCUUUGAAACAGGAAACUGUUCUCAGUGGUUGACUUGGCCUGAGGUUUUAGGACAGGCCAAAUCUGGAGCAGGACCUUAUAUUAUUUCUUAUUUAAUAUUCGCUCUUUGGGCUUUGUUAUUUGCCGCCUUAUCUGCUUCUUUAGUGAGGAUGUUUGCUCCUUACGCUUGUGGAUCUGGUAUACCUGAGAUUAAAACAAUUCUGAGCGGCUUUAUUAUAAGAGGCUACUUGGGCAAGUGGACUUUGCUUAUCAAGUGUGUUGGUUUAAUAUUGUCCGUAUCAUCUGGAUUGAGUUUGGGCAAAGAAGGACCCAUGGUGCAUAUUGCUUGCGCUAUUGGCAAUAUUUUGUCCUAUCUUUUUCCAAAAUACGGCAGAAAUGAAGCUAAAAAGAGAGAGAUACUUUCUGCUUCUGCGGCUGCUGGUGUGUCGGUAGCUUUUGGCGCACCUAUUGGCGGUGUACUUUUUAGUUUAGAAGAGGUUAGCUACUAUUUCCCCUUGAAAACCUUAUGGAGGUCGUUUUUUUGUGCUCUCAUAGCAGCCUUUAUACUCCGAUCCAUCAAUCCUUUCGGAAACGAACAUUCUGUUUUAUUUUACGUCGAAUACAAUAAACCUUGGAUGUUCAUUGAACUGGUUCCAUUCAUUUUACUAGGGAUUAUUGGAGGAGUUAUUGCAACAAUAUUCAUUAAAGCCAACUUAUAUUGGUGUCGCUUUAGGAAAUAUUCCAAGUUAGGCCAGUAUCCAGUCACUGAGGUUUUGGUAGUCACCGCUUUAACGGCUCUAAUAGCUUUUCCCAAUCCUUAUACCAGAAUGAACACUAGUCAGCUGAUUUAUUUGUUGUUUAGUCAAUGUGGAAUUGCCAAUUCGGAUCCUAUUUGUGAUUACAAUAGAAAUUUCACAGAUGUUAAAUCUGCAAUAGACUUAGCAGCUGCAGGCCCAGGUGUUUACAACGCCAUCUGGCUUCUAAUAGUAGCCCUAGUGUUAAAAAUGAUUAUGACUGUGUUCACUUUUGGCAUUAAAGUUCCUUGUGGACUGUUCAUCCCGUCGUUAUGUUUAGGCGCAAUUGUUGGACGGAUUAUGGGCAUAUUUAUGGAACAGUUGGCUUAUAAUUAUCCGAAAAAUUGGUUUUUUAGCGGCGAGUGCUCUAGCGGGGACGAUUGCAUUACACCUGGAUUAUAUGCUAUGGUGGGCGCAGCCGCAGUGUUAGGAGGCGUCACGCGCAUGACCGUUUCACUAGUGGUAAUAAUGUUCGAACUAACAGGCGGAGUAAGGUAUAUUGUACCUCUAAUGGCAGCCGCUAUGGCUAGUAAGUGGGUAGGAGACGCCCUAGGAAGACAAGGAAUCUACGAUGCACACAUUGCCUUGAACGGGUAUCCAUUUUUGGAUUCUAAGGACGAAUUUCAACAUACCAGUUUAGCUGCUGAUGUUAUGCAGCCAAAACGUAAUGAAACUCUUAGCGUAAUAACACAAGAUUCUAUGACGGUGGACGAUGUGGAAGGUUUACUAAAAGACACUGAACACAAUGGAUAUCCUGUAGUGGUCUCAAAGGAUUCUCAGUAUUUGGUGGGAUUUGUUCUUAGAAAGGAUCUCAAUUUAGCUAUUGCUAAUGCCAAAAGAAUGGUAGACGGUAUCUGUGGCCAAUCCCUUGUAUUAUUCACCAGCGGUAAUCCGCCUCAAACUCUGGGACCUCCUCCCUUGAAACUAAAGAAAAUCCUAGACAUGGCCCCUAUUACCAUUACUGAUCAGACACCAAUGGAAACAGUGGUUGAUAUGUUUAGAAAACUAGGAUUAAGGCAGACUUUAGUCACACAUAACGGCCGCUUGCUAGGCGUUAUAACAAAAAAAGACGUGCUGCGACACAUAAAGCAAAUGGAUAACGAGGAUCCCAAUUCGAUUUUGUUCAACUAAGUCAGAAAAAAUGUAGUCAAAUCCUAUAAUGUUAUUUAUUUUAUUUUUUUUAAUUGAUAUUCUCAGGGGUCAGUUGUUUACGUUGAAACACUAAUAAUAAUAAUAAUAAUUUUUGAUGAAAUAACUGGCCCUUGUAUUAAUAAGCCUACUGCAGCUAGGAACUAAUUACAAUAGAUUUUAAGCAACACUUUUUAACUCAUAUCAGUAAUAAUAUUGUUGAGUAUUUUUACAGGGUGAUUAAUUUUUUUUCAAAUAUUGUCUUCCCUAUAUUUUAUUUUUUACACUCCUGCAAUUAUUGGUAAAUGUGAUUGAUACACACUGUAUAUUUUUUAUUGUAUAUUAUAGCUGUAAUAAGUUAGGAGGGUGCAUAAAAUGAAUGUUUAUCUGUCAACUGUAGGUGUGUUUUCACAAAAAUCGAAAACCAGUCAAGAGUGAAUUUCAUUGGUUGACGAUUUGGACCAAUCAAAAACGCUUUAACUGGUUUCCGAUUUGUGUGAUAACAGACCUUGUGAAAAGUAUAUAAAUUUUUAUCGAUUGUCUCAAUGCACCCCAAGUGUGGUAAUAAUUAUUAUUGUAUCGAAUGCUCACAGAGAUUAUUGUAUGUAAAAGUAUAUUAAACGUUUUUACAAGAA